AUGGCAAAAGCAGAAGACACGACGCUGAACCCAUUCGUGAUGGACGACCAAGAAGGAAGCCAGACAGGGAAGAUAACAAUAAGACUACCACCAUUCUGGCCAGAGGAACCGGAGCUAUGGUUCGCCCAAUUGGAGGGACAAUUCGCCUUGUGCAACAUCAACAGAGACGAGGAGAAAUACGCCUACGCACUGUCGAAGAUAGAGCUUAAACAAGCAAGGGAGGUAAAAGACGUAAUCACACGGCCGCCGGAAAGAGACAAGUACGGAACACUAAAAAAAGCCUUGAUACAACGACUAACCGACUCCCACGAAAAUAGGAUGCGGCAGCUACUAGAGAGAGAAGAGAUUGGAGAUAGGAAACCAUCGCAAUUCCUACGAUAUCUCAGCUCCUUAGCAGGAUCGACGGUGACCCAAGACCUACUACGGACUCUGUGGAUGGGCCGACUACCACCGCAGAUGCAGGCCAUACUGGCACCACGAACAGCAGACGCACUAGAGGAAGUCGCAGAGCAAGCAGAUAGGAUCUACGAACUAGGGCAGAGAACAAUGGUCCUAGCAACCUCCACCUCGCAAAGGCAAAACACCAGCACGAAGGCCAACCAAGAAAUUGAAGCCCUAAGAAAGGAAGUCGCCGCACUCACUACACAGAUAGCAAGGAUGGCCAGGUCGAUGCAGAAAUACCAACAUCACGACAGAAACCGUUCGAGAAGCAGAACACCAGGAAAGAAAGGAGGAGUUUGCUACUACCAUAGACGCUUUGGUGACGAAGCCAAGAAGUGUACUCAACCAUGCACAUACGUAAAAAACGAAGAGGGCAGUCAUUAA